AGAGUUCCCCCUUCCUCAUUAAUCUGCUGAAAUGGGUAGCUCUAGUGCAGCAAGAGAUGUUAGGAAAAGCUACUUUGAUGUGUUGGGUCUCUGCUGUUCAUCAGAGGUUCCUCUAAUUGAGAAGAUCCUGAAGCAAUUAGAUGGAAUUAAGGAAGUCUCAGUGAUUGUUCCAACAAGAACAGUCAUUGUUGUUCAUGAUAACCUCCUUAUCUCUCAAAUUCAAAUAGUUAAGGCGCUGAAUCAAGCCAGGCUAGAAGCAAAUAUUCGAGUUUAUGGUGAACCAACAUACAGGAUGAAAUGGCCAAGUCCAUAUACAAUUGGAUGUGGAGUUUUGCUUAUAGUUUCCUUCUUUAAAUCAUUUUAUCACCCACUUCAAUGGGUUGCUGUUGCCGCAGUCAUAGUCGGCCUUGCACCGAUUGGAUUGAGAAGCAUAGCGGCGAUACGAAACCUCACACUUGACAUUAACAUUUUGAUUCUAAUUGCAGUGGGUGGAUCAAUUGCUUUAGGAGAUUACUUGGAAGCAGGUAGCAUUGUCUUCCUAUUCACCAUUGCAGAGUGGCUUGAAUCAAAAGCAAGUCACAAGGCUACAGCAGCUAUGACCUCUUUGUUAAACAUGGCUCCUCAGCAAGCCAUCCUAGCUGAUACUGGAGUUAUUAUUGAUGUCAAAGAUGUGAAGGUGAACACAAUCCUCGCCGUCAAGGCCGGGGAAGUAAUUCCCAUUGACGGAAUCGUUGUUGAAGGGAUAUGUGAAGUGGAUGAGAAGACCUUAACAGGUGAAUCCUGUCCUGUUUCAAAGCAGAAAGACAAUAAUGUUUGGGCUGGCACAAUAAACCUAAAUGGUUACAUUACUGUGAAAACCACAGCACUAGCUGAAGAUUGUGUGGUAGCUAAGAUGGCAAUGUUAGUUGAAGAGGCCCAAAACAAUAAAUCCAAAACACAAAGACUCGUAGAUGAUUGUACCAAGUACUACACCCCAGUUGUAGUAUUAGUAGCGCUAAGUCUUGCAGUGAUUCCGGCAGCAUUAAAACUCCAUGACUUAAACCGGUGGUUUCACUUAGCAUUGGUUGUUCUGGUAAGCGCAUGUCCAUGUGCGCUUAUACUCUCUACACCGGUGGCCACUUUCUGUACACUUACAAAGGCAGCAGCAAAUGGAGUUCUAAUAAAGGGAGGUGAUUAUCUUGAGGUUUUGGCUCAAAUUAAGACCAUGGCUUUCGAUAAAACUGGGACGAUUACAAGAGGAGAAUUUGUGGUGACAGAUUUCCAAACUAUCUCUCAUGAUGUUAGCCUCAACACAUUGCUUUACUGGGUUUCAAGCAUUGAAAGUAAAUCGAGUCACCCAAUGGCAGCUGCUCUUGUUGACUAUGGACGGUCUAAUUCCAUUCAACCAAAACCAGAGAAUGUUACAGAAUUCGAAAAUUUUCCAGGGGAAGGAAUAUAUGGACAAAUUGAUGGAGAAAUUAUUUUUAUUGGAAACAAAAAAAUUGCAAGGAGAGCUGGUUGCGAGACAGUUCCUGUAGAAGGAAGAGAUACCAAGGGAGGAGCAACAAUUGGAUAUAUUUACUUAGGAGGGAAUUUGAUCGGGAUUUUCAGCCUUUCUGAUGCCUGUAGAUCUGGGGUUGUUGAUGCCAUCACUGAGUUGAAAAAAAUGAGCAUUAAAACUGUUAUGCUUACAGGAGAUAGCAAUGCUGCAGCCAUUCAUGCACAAGAACAGCUAGGACAUGCCAUAGAGGUAGUUCAUGCAGAACUUCUACCAGAAGACAAAGCAAGAAUCAUUAAAAACCUGAAGGAGGAAAGACCAACUGCAAUGAUCGGUGAUGGCAUAAACGACGCCCCAGCAUUAGCCACGGCCGACAUAGGUAUCUCCAUGGGCAUCUCUGGCUCUGCACUUGCAACAGAGACAGGACAUGUAACCCUUAUGUCCAAUGACAUUAGGAAAAUACCUCAAGCUAUCAAGCUAGCAAGAAAGAGCCGUCGAAAGGUAAUCGAAAAUGUCAUAUUAUCAAUCAGCACAAAGGUUGCUGUUCUUGCACUUGCCUGUUCUGGUCACCCCCUUCUCUGGGCUGCAGUUCUUGUUGAUGUGGGCACAUGCAUAGUUGUUAUUCUAAAUAGCAUGCUUCUUCUAAGAGGGACUAGUGGUAAAAAAUCAUCACCUUCUGCAUCUCAUGUCCAUAAACACAAAUCUGAAGGUGGUUGUGGGAUUCAUCAUAAAAGAUCAAAUUGCAGUCACUCAGCUCCUCUUAUCAAUGAACAAUGUUGCUCAUCACAUGGAGUACCACAUUGUGAGAGUGGUACAAAAUCACCUUCUUCAUCUCAUGCCCAUAAACACAAAUCAGAAGGUGGUUGUGGGCAUCUUCACAAAAGAUCAGUCCAAUUGAAAUCAUCAAAUUGCAGUCACUCAGCUCCAACUAUCCAUGAACAAUGUUGUUCACAUGAAGUACCACAUUGUGAGAACUCUGCUAGUGUUGUCUCUUGUGGAUCAAAAACUCCUCAUACUUGUUCUGAAUCAGCCCAUUCCAAUAGCAUCACUUGCCAAAAAAGCAGCAAUCACAAUGAUGCACCAGAAUCAAGAUUUGAAGUUGGAGAAGUGGAGAACGGAAGAAGUGGUAAUAGCAAUUGCAAGGGUCAAUGUAGUGAUUUGAGUACCUUAUGUCAUGCUGAGGAAGAACACCAACAUGUGGUGGCGAAGAGGAAAGGCCAUUGUGAGUCAAUUGAAUCGCAUGCUUGUAUGAAUUUAGAGAAGAGAGAGAUUGGUGGGUGUUGCAAGAGGUUUAUGAAGGAAUGUGAAGGUAAACAUGGGUGUUUAGGUGCUAAAUUAGGAGGCUUAUCUGAGAUCAUCAUAGCCGAGUAGAGGAGCAUGCAUGUCUCAAGUUCUUGGCAGCCAAAACUU